AUGGAAGAAAAGGGGAAAUGUAAAAAAAUAAUGGAAUCACCGUAUUCUAUAGAAUUGGAACCUCUAGAUCAUGAAAAAAGUAGCACUAUAUUGAAAACUCUCUUAGAAAUUUUAAGUUCCAAUAUAUCCCUAGAAUUUUUAAUAUUUACACAUGAUGAAAUUGUACAACUUUUAGAAGAUCAACAGCUAGAUGCUCUUAUAUUAAUAAGGACUGUUCAAUAUGAAAAAUAUUACAAACAUAUACCUAUAAUAGCUGCCUUAAAAAAAAUCAGUUUUGUCUUACUAGAAGAAAACUAUUUCGAUACGAUAGAAUUUAACUCCAUACCUUAUAAAAAUUACAUAGGAAUAAAAAAAAGAGACAAGGAGAAUAAUACUAGUUCCUCUUCCAUAUAUGAAAGAAUGGAUUAUUUGAUUUCUUUAAUUAACUCUUAUCAUAAUCCGAUAAAUAUACCUUAUUUAUUUAACGAUCCACAUUAUAUUAAUACAAAAUUUAAGGUGGAAAAAAUUAGUAACAAACCAUACAACCGCAAUUUAUCAAGAAAAGAAAAAAAAAAAAUUAGGAAAUCCUUGAAAAAGGAUAAUAAGAAAAUAUAA